AUGUCAUUCAAUUUCUCAAACUUUACCAAGGAUAUCAAAUCUUUUGGCGAUCGAAUCAGCACCGAGUUCAACAAGGAGGUGGUACCAUUAGCGCAAAGAACCUCAAGAUUAGUCCAAGAAAGAAUUGGUAGAGUCAAUCAAGAUGAUAUAUCCCAAUUGCCAUCAGAAUAUAUUGACUUGGCCAACAAGUGCAACAACAUUGAACUGUUGUACAAGAAUGUUUUGAAAGUGACUUCCAACUAUGAAAAUGAGUCAUAUGAUUAUCCAACUAAUUUACAAGAAUCAUUUACUGAAUUUAGCCACAAUGUCACUACCAGAUUCAGCAACUUAAGUAAAGCUACCACCACUGCUGAAGCACAAGCAGCCUUGAUCAAUGCUGGGAGUGAUGAAGCUAAACCUCCCAAAACAUUGUAUCACGCGUUGAGUAGAGCAACAGAUGCCAGUAUCUUGACCAAAGAGACCGAGUCUGGUACCGAUGCAAGCGAUCCUUUGAUUAAAGGGUUGGACUUGUACUCAUCAAAUUUGAACAAGAUUGCUAAUGCCAGAUUGGGACAAGAUCAAUUGAUCAAACUGAAAUUCAACAAACCAUUAACAACAACUUUGCGUUCAUUAAUAUCACAAUCCAACAAGAUCCAAAAGAAGGUGGAGGAGAAAAGAAUUGAUUACGACUUGAGCAGAUAUAACUUGACCAAUUGUACCAACCCGGCCAAGGAGUCCAAAUUGAGAGUUGAUAUGGAAAAUGCCGAAGAUGAUUUUGCCAAUACUGUAGAAGAUGCAAUCAAUAUAAUGCAAAAUGUGAUUGAAAAUGCCAAACCAUUACAGGAGUUUUUGGAAUUGAUUAAAGCUCAAUUGGCGUAUCACAAAUUGGCUAGUGAACUUUUGGGUGGUAUGGUUGUUGAAUACGAGGAGUUGAUCAACCAACAAGAAAAAUUGAGUGAAGGUGCCAAAAAUAAAGAUGACAGAGAAGGUGGUGACUUUGAUAUUUAG